GUGCCCUGUCACACAAACGGAAAAGACCAACAACUGAUUGGCGAGCUAAGCAGCCGAAAAAUAAAAAUAGAGGAUUACUGUUUCUCUGGAUGAACACCUUAAAAAACUAAGGACACAUUUCUCUGUGUAUGCCAGCUGACCAGCCCAUUGAUCAGCAAAAUGAGCAGCGGGGGAACAGUGGAGAGUGGAAAACCACCUAAGAUUGGCUCUACAGUGGAGGUGACAGGGAAGGGCCAGCGUGGCACUGUUGCCUAUAUCGGCGCCACCCUCUUUGCCUCUGGGAAAUGGGUUGGUGUCAUACUGGAUGAACCCAAAGGCAAGAAUGAUGGCACUGUACAGGGUAAACGUUAUUUCACCUGUGAGGAAAAUCAUGGGAUAUUCGUCAGACAGUCUCAGAUCCAGGUGGUUGAAGAUGGCUCUAGUGCCACCUCACCUGAUACUCCUGAGUCUGGCUCUGCCAAGAUACCCAGACAGAAAGACAUUCCAGAGACCCCCAAAACAACCAAACAGACAUCCGUGAACAUUAAGAAGUCCUCUACCCGCCGCUCUGCCAAGGCAUCUCGGGAGAGCCUAUCCUCGUCCCAGUCUGGUGAUGUUGGAGAGGCUAGCCUGUCCUCCAAUCAGGGUGCGCUGGGGGCUCCUGUCGUGCCACAGCCGAGUGCAUCACCAGCGGCAGCACCAGUCCCAGCUACUCCAAGCAAAGUGGAACCUGCCAUAUCCAAGCAGGAGGAAGAAUCACUACGAGCACAGGUCAAGGACCUGGAGGAGAAACUGGAGACGCUGAAGAUGAAACGGACAGAGGACAAGGCCAAGCUGAAGGAGCUUGAGAAACACAAGAUCCAGCUGGAGCAGCUUCAGGAAUGGAAGAACAAAAUGCAGGAACAGCAGACUGAGCUGCAGAAACAACUCAAAGAGGCCAAGAGGGAAGCACGUGAAGCUCAGGAGGCCAAGGAUCGCUACAUGGAGGAGAUGUCCGACACAGCAGAUGCCAUAGAGAUGGCCACACUGGAUAAAGAGAUGGCUGAAGAGCGGGCAGAGUCACUGCAAGUGGAGGUGGACAGUCUGAAAGAGAAAGUAGAGGAGCUCUCCAUGGACCUGGAGAUUCUUAGACAUGAAAUUUCAGAGAAAGGCUCUGAUGGUGCUGCUUCAAGUUACCAUGUCAAACAACUGGAGGAGCAAAAUGGCAGACUGAAAGAAGCGCUGGUCAGGAUGCGUGACUUGUCUGCAUCUGAGAAACAGGAGCAUGUAAAGCUGCAGAAGCAGAUGGAGAAAAAGAACACAGAACUGGAGACUUUGAGGACUCAGAAGGAAAAACUACAGGAGGAAGUCAAGCAGGCAGAGGCCACUAUUGAUGAGCUCAAAGAACAGGUGGAUGCUGCUCUGGGAUCAGAGGAGAUGGUGGAGACACUGACCGAGAGGAACCUUGACCUGGAAGAGAAAGUCAGAGAGUUGAGAGAAACUGUGUCUGAUCUGGAAGCCAUUAACGAGAUGAAUGAUGAGCUCCAAGAGAAUGCUAGGGAGACUGAAAUGGAGCUUAGGGAGCAAGUGGACUUGAGCGUUUCAAAGGUCAGAGAAGCGGAGAAAAGGGUGGAGGCUGCCCAGGAGACCGUAGCUGAUUAUCAGCAGACCAUCAGCAAAUACAGAGACCUCACUGCCAGACUGCAGGAUGCUAAUAGAGAACUGAUCAGCCAGCAGAACGCAAGCACUGAACAAGUUCAGCAACCUCCGGCUGAACUGUUUGACUUUAAGAUUAAGUUUGCAGAGACAAAAGCCUAUGCCAAGGCAAUUGAGAUGGAACUUAGGAAAAUGGAAGUGGCUCAGAUGAACAGACAGGUAUCCCUCCUCACCUCCUUCAUGCCAGACUCCUUCCUCCGUCAUGGCGGAGACCAUGAUUGUAUUCUGGUUCUCCUACUUAUUCCCCGGCUCAUCUGCAAGGCUGACCUGAUCAGUAAGCAGGCCCAGGAAAAGUUUGACCUUAAUGGGAACAUGGCCCAGGGAACAGGAUUCAGAGGGCCUCAAGGAGAACAGCGGAGUUUUGCAUCAGGACUAGUUUACUCUCUCACCCUGCUGCAGGCCACGCUGCACAAAUAUGAACAAGCUCUGAGCUCCUGUACCGUGGAGGUUUUUAAACGAAUGGGUACUCUGUACUCAGAAAUGAGCUUCCAUGAACGUUCUCUGGAUUAUUUCAUUGAUCUGCUGCAUAAAGACCAGUUGGAUGAGACUGUUCAGGUGGAACCUCUGACUAAGGCUAUCAAGUACUAUCAGCAACUGUACAGCGUCCACCUGGCAGAGCACACCGAGGACUGCACCGUGCAGCUGGCUGACCAUAUUAAGUUUACCCAGAGUGCCCUGGACUGUAUGGGAGUGGAGGUAGCUCGCCUGCGUGCGUUCCUGGCAGCUGGUCAGGAGAGCUCCUGCCUGGCUGUUCUCUUGAAGGACCUGGACACUUCGUGCUCUGAUAUCAAACAGUUCUGUAAGAAGAUCCGCCGUCGCAUGCCUGGAACUGAUGUAGUUGGAGUACCUGCUGCUCUAAAUUUUGGAACACAGAUUUCAGAGACGCUGACUGAAUGCAGGCGCCAGCUGACCCGUGUGGUGGCAGUGCUCCAGGAGGUGGCUGCAGCUGGAGCGCAGAUGAUCGCCCCCCUGGCUGAACAGGAGGGGCUCAAUGCUCUCAAACUGGAUGAUGUGACCUUCAAGGCUGUGGAGCAGGUUUACGGUGCCCAUGGUUUGAAUCCUGCCGAGUGUCUGCGCCAGUCCUGCAGCUCUGUCAUCACUACCAUGAAUAAGAUGGCCACGGCCAUGCAGGAAGGAGAAUAUGAUGCUGACAAACCACAGGGCAAGACUCCUCCAGUAGAAGUAAGAGCAUCCACUGUGAGGGCUGAAAUGACUGAUGCCGAAGGUCUAGGAGUUAAACUAGAAGACAGAGAAACAGUCAUCAAGGAGCUCAAGAAAUCCCUCAAGAUUAAGGGUGAGGAGCUGAGUGAGGCAAAUGUCCGUCUUAGCUUGCUGGAGAAGAAGCUGGACACUUCUACCAAAGAUGCUGAUGAACGCGUGGAGAAGAUUCAGACCAAACUGGAUGAGAACAUUGCUCUGCUGAAGAAGAAAGAAAAGGAAUUUGAGGAAACAAUGGAUGCUCUGCAGGCUGAUAUUGACCAGCUGGAGGCAGAGAAGACCGAACUGAAACAACGCAUCAAUAACCAAUCAAAGAUGACCAUCGAAGGUCUGAGAGGCCCACCAGCAUCUGGAAUAGUCUCCAUGGUUCAGGGGUCUGCAGGAGGUCUGUCUCCAUCCCUGGCUGGAACGGUCCAGGUGGUCGACUCCCCUCUUCUCAGGCAGCAGGUUGAAGCACAGAGACUGGGCAUCAAACAUCUCAAGAAUGAAAACAACAGGCUCAAGGCAGAAAAGAUGAGGGUCCAGCUUGCCUCCUUGCCUCCACUCUGCCCCCCAAAACUGCCACAGAUCUCUAAAGAAACCUCUAUGCCUCCAGAGGGACUGAACACAGGCAUCUAUCGCCGGACUGACCAGCUGUUGGCCACACUACUCAAACUGAGCUCAGAGGUUAAAGUUGUGGACAUAACUGGGAAGACAGCAGUUAGUGCCAGUGCCCAACUGCUGGAACAGACAGCCCGACUGCAGAGCCUCAGUGAUGCUCUGGACAAACUCAAGGGAGAAGUAGCUGAGCAUGUUGUGUCAUACCAGCCAGGAGCGAAGGUUGCUUCUGACUUUUCCACCUUUCCAGUUCCGUCUUUCAUCAAGGCAAAGGAAGAAAAGCAGGAAGGAACAGUGUUUGUAGGCCGUGUUGCCAUUCCAUGCACCCGAGGACAGGAACAAGUGCACCGCCUUGUCCUGUCACAGCAGCAGCUGCAGCGGGUGCACCGCCUUGUCAUGGCCUGAGACAACACACAGUCACACCCAACCACACUUCAAGCUCUUUCCCAACUUCUUUCCUUUUGAGCUUCCACUGAAACAUUCUCCACUAUUAUCCUUUGAUUUCCAGUAUUCUCAGGAAUUUUUAUCCAAUAUUUGCUAAUCUUAAAUAUACAUGCAAUUUUUGAUCUAAAAAGAAAAAGUUUAAAUACAUUUGACUUUGUGAAAUUAAGUGUAACAUUUGUCACUGAAAUUUGUAUGUAUUCAUUUAUUUGUAUCCAGCAAUGUGGGCAAUUCCUGUGAAAUUGGGAAAAUCUAAAAGGAUUUUUUUACUUGCAUCUAUUACUAGUUUCUUCUUUGUAUCUUUUGUAUUCAUUGUAAUUCAGAAAAUAAAAGCAAGCAGUUCACCUGA